AUAGGGACGCGCUUGCAGGUUGUCUUCACAGUUCUUCGGUUAUCAGACGAAGCACAUCCUCUACUUUGAAACAAUGAACGGGGCCUGCCUUCUGCUUCUCCUCCUGCCUUCCGCCGCCUUGGCCUUGAACCUGGUUCCAAGAGCAUCACAUGGAGCCGUAGCCUUCCACGCCAAUGCCCAGGACAAGACUGUCCCUCUGUAUACAGGAAGACCUAUCCCCUUCGACCACACCCUUGUCAACGCAGGCUCUGCUUACAACACUCAGACUGGAAAGUUCACGGCUCCUGUGGCUGGACUCUACCUGUUCUGGACCCAGAUAGAGUCAACUAAACCCGGCGUGGCCAUCACCAUGUUUAUCUUCCAGUCUGGGAAGCCGAUCAGCGCGGGGUACAUGGAGACCAACAGCGACCUUGCUGAUGACACCGGCUCCGCAAUGGUGGCUACUCAUCUGACGAAGGGAGAAGAGGUCUGGGUCGAGAUUGAGAAGGAUUUCGCAAUGACCGUGUUUCCGUCCUCCUAUUUCGGUGGGGUGUUGCUGUAUGCUGACGAUGGUACUGGUCCCAUUGUCGGUUGAUAUGAAUAAACGGAAAGAAAAGCUUUCUGAGUUUUAAAACAAA